AUGUAUUAUGUAAUUGAUAAUUCUUUAUUGCACUCCUAGGCAAGCUACCUAGCAGAAGGGGUACUAGUACUCUGUAAACAUCACUAUACCUUACCUGGGCAGCCAUGGAAGAUUUCCAUGCAGGACCAGAGAGUUGCUGGAGACAAGUGGAGAAGGCAAUUACAGAGAAAGUGGGCCGGGUCGUCUGCUCCAUCAAGGACGCAGGCCACGUCGACCAAGUCAUCGUCGCUCUUCACUCUCUCGCUGUUUCGCUAUUCCCCGUCGAUUCUUGCUCCUUCUUAGGUAGUAUUGAUAUGCAGUUCAGAGAACAGGUUCAAAGCGCGCUGGUGCCAGAUUCUGAUAAGAGAAGUCAAUGGCAACAGAUUUUCUAUAAAGGUGCUGCAUUUCCAAUGCUGGCACGAGUUUUGUUACAUGAUGUGGCUUUGGAUUGGCUAGCAUGUUUCCCCACUUCUGCAAGAGUACAUGUAUAUGAUGUGUUUUUUACAAAUGGUCAAUUCACUGAGGUCAUACAGGCAUUAGUUCCUUGCUUACAAGGAAGAGGUCUUGGCACUCAUAAUCUCAAUGCAGUGUGCUCAAAUGCUGAAAGAUUACUUCUACUUUGCUUGUUUGAGAAUGAUGGUAUCCACCAAAUGGUUAUAGAAUUUGCCAGAGACUGUCAAUCUGAAGGUUCUGCCAAUGAAUCUGUCCGGCACAUUAUUUUCAGGGUGGCGCAACUUAUUACAUCUAUUCCUGACAAAGCACGAGCAGGUGCGCCUACUUCACUCUCAUCACCCUUAUUUUUUAAGCAUAUUACCACUCAAAUACUUGCCGGAGCAGAAGAAUGGGACAAGAAUUUGGAUGAAACUGCUUAUUUUGAUAAGAAUAAAGCUGAUAGUACUAUUCUAUUUGUUGGGGAAGCUUUUGCUCGCAUUUGUCGUCGAGGGUUUGCAGAUGUGCUGUUAAGUGAAUUGAUUCCUAGAAUCCUUAGAGGUGUUCAGAGCUUGCUACAGCCGUCUGCUGAUAUGACUGUUAGUGAAACAUUUGAGUCAAAACCUGGCCUUCGUUUUUUGUUGAAGAUAAUGGAGGGAGUUCAAGACCCUCACUCUGUAGAAAGGUUGUCUGAGCAACUUCUGAAUCAGCUAGCAGCUCAAAGUGUAAGAGAUGCUGAAGCAUAUUGGAUUUUAUGGGUCUUGUUCAAUCAAAUUUAUAAGCAGAAAACAUCAAUUAGGUCCAUGUUUCGUGAGAAAUUUUUACUCUGGAAAGUAUUCCCUAUAUGUUGCUCAAGAUGGAUUCUCCACUUUGCUGUUUUUGAAUGUGCACCUAGUACUUCUUUGGCUCCAAAAGCCUGUAAUGUCCAUGCUCUUAUGGAUACCGUGCAACACCUCACCACAGUGUGGUCCAAAAGAGAAUUUGUUCAAUCAGCCCCAAUUGAGCAGCAAGCGUACAUAACUGCUGCUUUAGGCCUUUGCCUGGAGAAGAUGUCAAAGGAAGAUUUAGAUGCAACCAAGGAUGCACUGCAGUCAAUACUUCAAGGAGUUAGCUGUAGGUUGCAGAGCCCUGAUCAUUUGGUUCGAAAGAUGGCUAGCAACGUUGCUUUAGCAUUUUCUCUUAUAAUUGAUCCAAAAAAUCCUCUGUAUCUAGAUGAUAGUUGCCACGAUGAGGCAAUUGACUGGGAGUUUGGUUUAGUAAACCUUGGUAAGGGUUCUCUGCCUAUGCGGAACUGCACAAAUGAAGAUAUGAGCAGAGUAAAGAAUUGUUCAUCCACAAUAGCAAGAAAGGAGUUUGAUGACAAAGGUCCGUCCAAUAAUGUGAUGGAUAAUUGUAAGAGAUUGUCCGAAUGCAAAUUGGUUGAUCCCGAUGAGAUUGUUGAUCCUGCAUCUUUGAUUACUGAGCUGGCCCCUUAUGAAGAUGAUAAUGAUAUUGGAAAUGAAGAUUCUGACUUCUCUAGUGAUUCAUCUUUGCAGCCAUAUGAUUUAUCAGAUGACGAUGCAGAUUUGGAAAUAAAAUUUUCACAGUUGGUUGAUGUGAUUGGAGCACUAAGAAAACCUGAUGAUGGCAAGGGUGUUGAAAAGGCUCUUGAUGUUGCUGAGAAACUUGUCCGAGCAACUCCUGAUGAGCUUAAAUUUGUAGCUGGUGAUCUCGCCAGAACACUUGUACAGGUCCGCUGUUCUGAUUCAACCGUUGAGGGAGAAGAAGAAUCGGCUGAAGAUAAGAGGGAAAAAGCCUUAGUUGCUUUGAUUGCCAUGUGUCCAAAUGAAUCGCUCAAUGAGCUAAACAAAUUGCUAUAUUCUCCAAAUCUAGAUGUAAGCCAGCGGAUAUUGAUUCUUGAUGUCAUGACAGAUGCUGCUCAGGAACUUGCAAAUACUCGAACUUCAAAACCCAAACAACAUUCUAGAUUGCUCAUAUCUUCCAUGUCAGACCAGCCAUGGUUUGUGCCAAGGGAUAUUGGGCCACCUGGAGCUGGUUCCUGGAAGGAGAUUUCAACUCCAGGAACUCCUUUGAAUUGGUCUUACUCUUAUGAGAGAGAGCUUCCCUCUAAACCAAGUCAGGUUAAGAAAGGGAAGAUGCGUCGUUGGAGCCUUCAAUCACCAAAACAAGAAAAUCAGGUUGAGUGGUCCUUGAAUAAAUUUCCGCAAUAUGCAGCUGCAUUUAUGCUUCCAGCUAUGCAGGGAUAUGAUAAGAAAAGACAUGGUGUUGAUUUGCUUGAUAGAGAUUUCAUUGUCUUGGGAAAACUUAUCUACAUGCUUGGUGUCUGUAUGAAGUGUGCAGCUAUGCAUCCAGAAGCAUCUGUUUUGGCAUCUCCUCUGUUGGAUUUGCUGAGAUCAAGGGAGGUAUCUUAUCAUAAGGAAGCAUACGUUAGGAGAUCUGUGCUUUUUGCAGCAUCAUGCAUAUUGAUUUCUCUUCACCCCUCUUUCAUCACAUCUGCCCUAACUGAAGGAAAUGCUGACAUUUUAAAAGGGCUUGAAUGGGUUCGCACAUGGGCCCUAAACGUAGCUGAAUCAGAUACAGAUAGGGAGUGCUACACGCUGGCAAUGACCUGUGUUCAACUCCAUUCUGAGAUGGCAUUGCAAGUUUCUCGAGCACUUGAUUCGGUAGAAAACACAUCAAGAGCAAGUCAUACCAUUUUGCCAUCAAAUAUGGUGAGACAUGCUAUUAAAAUCCCCCAUUCUAUUGGAAUAUAAAGUCUACUGGUUGGUGAUUUUUAGUACAUGAGAACUUUGGUUUAAAAGUUAGGGUUAGGUACAACAUUGUGUGUUAGUGCAGAAAUUGAAAUGCACUAUUUGGGCUAAUUUAAUUUUGAUACAAAUCAUCUGUUUAUAGUUAGCUAGCCUUACCAAUUAUUGUAUGAACUAUGAAGAGGAUUUAAACUAAGUUGAAGUGUGAUAAACGUACUUUAUUGAUUUGAUAUAUACUUGGCC